CUCUGAGUGCGAGUGCGGUGUGUGUGUGUGAGUUUUGUGCCGGAGCCGCUCGAUGGUGCUGCUGAAUUUUUCCAAGAUGUCGUCGCUGGAACAGAGACUCUCCCGAAUCGAGGAGAAGCUGAAGCAAGAAAAUAAAGAAGCUCGGAGACGAAUCGACCUCAGCAUCGACAUGAGUCCACAGCGCUCACGCCCCAGGCCGAUCAUCGUGAUCCAGCUCAGUCCUGCUCCAGCCCCCUCCCAGCGUGCAGCUUUGCAGUUGCCACUGGCCAACGAUGGCGGGAGCCGUUCAUCUUCCUCAGAGAGCUCACCCCAGCACCACUCAUACCCCAGCAGACCCCGACACAUGCUCACGCUGCCCACACCACCGUACGGCCUGCAGAAGAGCUUGGAGAAUGCUGAAAUAGACCAGAAGCUACAGGAAAUCAUGAAACAGACGGGUUACCUAAAGAUUGACGGACAGCGAUACCCUGCAGAGGUGACGGACUUGAUCAGUGAGGGGGAGAUUGGCAGUGGCACCUGUGGGCAGGUGUUUAAAGUGCGCUUUAAGAAGACCGGCCACGUCAUCGCUGUUAAGCAAAUGCGGAGGACGGGUAAUAAAGAUGAGAAUAAGAGGAUCCUGAUGGAUUUGGAUGUGGUGCUGAAAAGCCAUGACUGCCCAUACAUCAUCCAGUGCUACGGAGCUAUAGUCACCAACACAGAUGUGUUCAUUGCCAUGGAGCUGAUGGGAACAUGUGCAGAGAAGCUGAAGAAGCGGAUCCAGGGGCCCAUACCAGAGUACAUCCUGGGGAAAAUGACCGUGGCGAUUGUGAAAGCUCUGCUGUAUCUGAAAGAGAAGCAUGGCGUAAUCCACCGAGAUGUGAAGCCCUCCAACAUCCUGUUGGACGCUAAAGGCCAGAUCAAACUCUGUGAUUUUGGCAUCAGCGGUCGCCUCGUCGACUCCAAGGCUAAGACUCGCAGUGCUGGCUGUGCUGCAUACAUGGCGCCUGAGAGAAUAGACCCUCCAGAUCCCAGUAAGCCAGACUAUGACAUCAGGGCUGACGUUUGGAGUCUUGGCAUCUCUCUGGUGGAGCUGGCCACAGGGCAAUUCCCAUAUAAGAACUGUAAGACAGACUUUGAGGUUCUGACCAAAGUGCUGCAGGAAGACCCUCCUCUUCUGCCUCUCAGCAUGGGCUUCUCUCUGGACUUCCAGUCUUUCGUUAAAGACUGCCUCACAAAGGAUCACAGAAAAAGGCCAAAAUACCACAAGCUGCUUGAACACAGUUUCAUUCGGCGUUACGAGGUGCUGGACGUGGACGUGGCGGGCUGGUUCCAGAACGUGAUGGAGCGCACUGAGUCUCCACGCAGCAGCCAAUGCUACAGCCAACAUCAGCUCCACUCACUGUUCAGCAGGUAGCCAGACAGAGAGAGAGAUGGAGCGAUGGACGGAGGGAGAGCGAGAGGAUUGUGUGCAGGUUGGGGAUCGAUAAAGGUGCUGGUUGAGAGAUAAAAAGAGAAAGAGACUGAGGGACGGGGCAAGUGAUUUAUGGACAUGGUUUGAGAGAGAGUAAAAGUGAGAGCCUGACUGACAGACGGACAUGGGCAAGUGUGCUGUAAAUCUGAAACAUAUUUAUAUAUCUAUAUUAAUAUAUAUAUCUAUUUUUUUCUUUCUUUCCAUCCACCAGUCUUUCAGGACGGACGUUAGUGUUAGCAGUAGCUAGUUUGUGCACAUUCACUUAUCAUAGCCCAACAUGUAUAGUGUCAUAGACUUCCACUACCAACAUAAGCUAUAGUCCACUGUACAGCUGUGAAUAUUGUCAGACGAGGAGUUCACGUACUCACAUUACGCGUUCACUUCCGUUCAAUCAGUGUAAGCCAUAGGUGGCUGCGCAGUGGGUAGCCACUCUAUAGAUAAUGUACAGUCAUAUAUUGAUAGCAAAGUCAUAAAGUCAUUUAGCACCAUGGUCAUUAGCUUCCAGAUCCUCCAUAGCCCCUUACUCAGGGACUGAACAGAGUAGUCUAACAACACUGAGCCAAGGUGAGUGUGUGUAUGUUUGUGUGUCUGUAGUACAAGUCUUAGUAGACUUGUGUUUUAGUAUACGGCAAGUCUUCACAUUACUGCACGGAAGCAGUGCAGCGAAACAGUACAGGAAAUCAGAAGAGGAUUUAGAUAGUGUCCUGAAGUGUAUUACUGUUGACGUUUUUGAGCUAACACAUUUCUAACUCACGUUUAUAGAAUUUGAACUUGUUGGAAGAUUUCAUUGAACGUUUUACUUUGACUAACUUUCAUGCAUCAUAGAUACAUUUGAUGGGAUCUUGUUUGACUGUAAAGAUAAAACACAAAAAAAUUAGCUUGUAGCGUUUUAUAUAUAUAGACUACACAGUAUAUAUACACCUCAGGAGCGCAAUCGGUAUGCAAAAGCAGGAAGACUGAUAGUCUGUGAAUGGAUUAUACUUGUGAAGAAAGGCAUCAGACAAAAUCAUGGCCACCUGAGACCACAUACUGGUUGAAGGAAGUGAUCAGGCAACAGGAGAAAAGUUGUCAUGGUGACUGAGCUGUCUUCUAUUGAUUCCCGCUGAAGAGACGUGGGAAAUAGAAAAUAGAUGGAUAGGAAGAUGGAUAUGUGUAAAACAGUGGUAUUCAGGCGAUCAAGUGACAAAGAUCUUAAAAAAACAUCAACAAUGGAACAUUUUUGCUCUAAAACUCCUCCAAACUCAUCCAUUUCCUUCCAAUUUUUUUACCAUACUUUAUAUCAUUUUGUUUCCUUUCCACCAUUUCAUUCACACUUCAUUCUUUCUGCCUGAUUUGUUUUCACUUGUAAAGAGCAUUUGAGUUCCAGCAGACCAAAGCAAUUUUGAUUUUCACUGCUUUAUUUGAUGCAACACUGGGUCUACACCACUUUCAGUUGUCCAUCAGUCUUUUGUCACCAGUCCACUUCACUCCACACACUCGCUGUUCUUUGGAAAUUCAUCCACGUUUUCCAGAACCAAAGCUGUAGACCUUGAGACUUCACUGCUCCUCAAAGCCAAAUCACUGCUAGGCUGAAUGAGGAAAGAGAGACAAAGAGACAUUUGGGAUAGUAAGAAAUGGGACACUGUACGUUGACAGGAAAGGUCAGGAUGUCAGGAUGGCAGAAAAUCGCAGGGAGAUUGAGGUUGGACGGGAAUAAAGGAAAGCGAAGAAAGAUGAAGAGGUGGGCGACAAUGGAUGGAUGUUCUAGGCAUUGGAACAGGGCUGUCACUGUCAAUUAUAAUAGUUCAUAUUAUGACAGUUAAACGAAUAAUACCAAUUAUUUUGACGAUUAAAAAAGGCCUAACACUACAAAUAAGACUUGAAGAUAACAAACCAUUCCUAACCCUUUAAAGAUUAUGAUGUACUUUAUUUGCAAAAAGAUAAACUAGGAAGACUUCUAGUAUAGCUUACAUCAGCUUUUACUAUCGAUUAUUUUACUAACGGAGUAAUCUACAUAUUAUUUUGGUGAUUAAUAGAGUAAUUAGAGUUUUUAGAAAAGGCCAAACGAUAUGGACGAAACAAUAUCAAAUCAUGAAUAGAAGAUUCCAAACCAAUGUGAAAAAGCCUUAAAAAGACUUUGUUAUAUGCAGUAUACAUGAAAACACCACAUGGCAAAAAAGAAUGCCUGUGAAUGAGUGGCUAAUUAGGCUUUCUCCCUACUUUAAGUGAGAAUAUGCAUCAUAAUCAUGUGAGCGGUCAACUAAUCACUGCUGAUUCACUGAUCAAGUAAAUUUUAAUGUAUUAUUUACUUGGUUUAUUUACUUUAGCAUUGCGUAAUUGAGUUUAAUCGUGUAAUCGUGACAGCCCUCCAGUGGCAGAGAGAGAUAUGAGAGGGGAAAAGGAACGUAUGACUAGAAGGGCUUAGUAAGGUCUAUAAGAAAAGGUACAGGUUUUUCAGAGUGUUUUACUUUUAUUUAAGUUGAGCACUGACGUGUGCAGGUUAGGACUUCUCAGUAAGGGGAUCUUCACUGACUGCUGUGGUGAGGCGAGCUAGCUGGACAUUGCAUAAAAGCUUUCAAUGGUAUCAAACCAAUGUAC